AUGCCAUUAAACACGGUAUCAUUUGGUCUCGCCACCAUUCGCAACGCUCAUGAUGAUAUCGAAGCCGCAAUGGUCAUCGACCAAUGGGUAUAUCCGCUAUCAACACUCGAUGCAUCGUUCCAGAGUCACACCAUCUUUGGCCUUCUCCAGGAUUGGGCUUCAGCGUACUCUUUGCUGCAACGCUUGGCAUCGCAUGUUGCUGAGCCGGACGGACAACUCAUGAGGAACAGAAUUCCACUCAAGCAAGCAAAUUUAGAUACCCCAAUUCGCUACCCUAACAAGCUUCUUGCAGUCGGGGCCAACUAUUCAAGUCAUUUGAAAGAGAUGGGCCUUUCUACGGAGAAAUGGGAUCCUAUGCCGUUUUUCAGUUGUCCUCCUACAAGCUCCAUCGUGGGACCAGGGAAGACAGUUGCUCUUCCACCGACAACUAAGCAGUUUGAUUGGGAGUGCGAGUUGACAGUUGUGAUGGGGAAAGGGCUGAGAAACGCGACUCCGGAGCAGGCUGCAGAAGCUAUCGCUGGCUAUACUAUUGGCCUUGAUCUCAGCUGCCGCGAUCUCUUCCAGACUGGUCCUCAAGGCUUGGUUGACAUCAUACGCGGCAAAGCGCAGCCAGGAAUGAAACCUUGCGGGCCCAUCUUUUGGCCAAAAGAGUGCAUUGGGAAUCUGGAUAAUGUGCCUGUUAGACUCUGGCUUAACGGUGACUUGAUGAUGGAUGGGACUACUAGCGAGAUGAUUCGGAGUCCUGCAGAGUGUAUUGCUGAGAUGAGCCAGAUACUACCUCUGGACCCUGGAGAUAUGAUCAUGACGGGAACACCUUCUGGAUCUGCUAGGUCUCAUGGAAACAGAUGGCUCGUGAAGGAAGAUCUCAUCAAAGCUCAGAUAGGUGAUAUGGAGCCCCUCGAAGUUAAGAUUUACUGA